UCUGAUUAAUUUAUAUAAAAAAAUUGAAUUUUCUUGUAUUAUAAAUAUUUAAAAAUGGCAACUAAAAAUAUAAACAAUAAUUGUAAUAAUAAUGAUAGAGUUGUACCAUCAUUUAUAUCUUCAAAUAGUUAUUAUGGUUAUGUAGCACCGGUAUUAAAAAAUAAUAACAAUGAUUGUCAACAAGAAUCAUGUGUACCAGAUGUACAAUUUUUAAAUAAUGGUGAACGAGUCAUUGAUGCUAAUAAUUAUAACAACAACAAUGACAAUAAUAAUAUCAAUAACAAUACAUCAAUGUUUAUGUUAAAUAAAAUACCGGUACAAAAUAAUAAUAAUGAUUGUAAUGGUAAUAAUUAUUUUUUGAAUAAAUCAUCAGCAAUGGAAACUGAUGAUAACGAUAAUGGUUUUAAUAAUAAUCAUUUGAUUAAUAAUACAAUACCAGAUUUUGAAAGAUACAAAAAUCGUAAAAGAAAUAAUACUGAUGAUCUCAUGAUGAUAUUUGAACAAACAAAUGGACAGUUUAAAAAAUUUAAACAAGGCGGUUGUAACAAACAGAUAUGUGUUGCAAGAAGAGGAUCGUCACAGAUGCAUAAUGUCUCGUCACCAUUAUGUUUAAUAGUUAAUGGUUAUUGUAAAAAAUCAAAUAGCAAUAAUAUUAAAUUAAUAUAUAAAAAUAAUAUUGGUAAGGAAUUGAUAAAUAGUGCCUCAAAUAAUCAUGUUGAUUAUGAGGAAAUGUUAAUGGAAACACAUGGUUGUACCACUUAUCAUUAUCAUACACAACAACAAAUACACAAUGAUGAAUUUUAAAUUAACAUUUCAAUCAUUCAUAUAUUAUACUAAUUAUUAUCAUGGUUUUUAUAUAUUAUUAUUAAAUUGAU